AGAAUAUCCCGUCAGAUAGCGUAUUGGAAUAUAUUUUUGUUUAAAGUUUUCGUCUAAAAUGUGAUGAUCAACAAUUUUGUGAAAUAAGAAUUUUUUAAAUGUGUCUCUGCCUGCGUCAUUUAAAAG